AUGGGCGCAUUUUUCGAAACAUUCCCGCCCUCGCUAGUCGAAUGGCUGCUAGCGCAGAAACUCAUCUACAUAGCAUCCGCGCCGCUCUCAGGCUCCGGAUAUGUCAACGUAUCGCCGAAGGGCAUCACUGACAAAGGCGGGCCUUUUUUCGGCGUGAUCAAAGAACCCGCCAAAGAUGACGAGAAAGUCGUCAUCCGCAAGUUCUGGUACAUGGACCUCUCGGGCUCGGGGAUCGAGACCACAAGCCACCUUCAUGAGCCUGGUAACGGCAGGAUCACCGUCAUGUUGAAUGCUUUUGAGGGCCCGCCGAGAAUUGUGAGGAUUUAUGGUAAAGGCACACCACUCGAGUACGGCACGAAAGCAUUCAACGACCUGAUCGCUUCCGAGGGCAUCAAGAUCAUCCCGGGCACACGCUCCAUUAUAAUGGUCGACAUCCACCAAGUGGGCACGUCCUGCGGCUACUCCGUCCCCACCUACGACUUCACAGGCUUCAGAACGACAUUACACGAAUUCUUCGAGAAGCGGGUCCAGAGUGAGGAGUCGGGGAAUCGCGCUGAUGGAAUUGAAAGGUACUGGGCAUUCAAAAACGCAUGGAGUAUGGACGGCCUUCCAGGAAUGAAACGGGGGAUUGAAACAGGAAAGACCGACAAUGUCAAGCCGAUCAAGAAAAUGGUCGGCCAGUAUGCGCCCCCGGCUAAUGGGUUGCGACCCGUGAAGACAGUCUAUCAUUCCGAGCAUUUGAUUCUCACGGCGCUGCUGAGUUCGAUUCUGACAGCGAUAUUGAUCUUUGCGGUCCUGCUUUAUGGGCCCCCAAGGGGUCGGAGCCUUAGGUUUGAUUUGAAAUAA